GUCAAGUAUCACAUAUCAUGAUAAAUAUAUUGACGGGUCACAGAAGAUACUGAUCUUGCGACAUUCGCCUAAACGACGCGGAGUACUUUGUGGGGGCAAGUUGCGCAGAUAAGGUAUGGAAUUUGAAGUUAAUCUUUUUGGAGAUAAUGUUGGUGAAUUUGGUAUGUUUGUAGCAGUAAUAUUUGAAGAAUCUUUUGAUCUUAAUCAGUCAACAAUGAAAAUGCUACAGGAUCUGUUGGAUACAAUCCUAGGGGGAUACGUAAUUAAAAAUGCCACAACCAACGGAAGGAGCGAGUUUGAUGACAACGUACCUGAUCCUAAUAUCAUUACUGAUAGCAUUAUGGGUGCUAUAUUCAGGACUACUAGUAUAAGAGAUGUGCGUGCAAAUACCUUAGAGAUGAGCAGAAAUGAACGGUCAAAUGAACAAAAUGUUCAGCUUAGAAUUGUAACUAUUUCGGACUAGGCGGAGUUGCACUGCCCAUGUCCUAUAGCCUGGCCAUUUUUUGCCUCCACUGACGAGAUUUCUUCGCCAACCUAUUCCAAAAUUUUGAAAAAUUGAAUAAGCUCCGAUGAAUUCAAAAUAAGCCUGUAUGUAUGAAAUACUACUACAAUGAAACUUGAUACCUUAGGAAGAGUAGCCAUAAAAAUAGAUAUUUAACACAAAACAACACAAAAAAUAUAAAGAAUAGUGGAUUUUUUCAACUUUUUUUAAAUUUCAUUCAAGUAUUUUCUUCGGCUGAUUCUAAGCUCUAUGUUCCUUUAUUGAAUAUUUAAGGUUUAUUUGUAUCGUAUCAAGACAAAACAUCAGAGUUGAUCCUAUACAUCCUAUACAUACUUGAUUUGUCCUCAUAUUAUACAACAUAAUUACAGUUUCGAAAUAAUAAUCAAACGAAUGUGUACAAGUAUCAUGUAAAGCUUAUUAGUGGAGAGAAAAAUUAAAAAUGAGUCAGAACUCUUCCAUAAAUUUUGUAAAGUUAGUACCUGUUUGUACGAAAAUGUGUGAAUUAUUUAUUGUCUAAUAAAAUAAUUAAAACUGGA